ACUCGUAUCCGAACUCGACCUCUGGUCGGCGGCUCGCAGUUCCGAGGCCGUCCCUGCCUUCGGCUCUCCGCUGGGAGGAUGGAUCCAGGACCGGGGACCGACACGGCGCCGCUGACUGGCCUGGUCUGGUCGUCGGCGUCGGCGCCUCCGCCGCGGGGAUUCAGUGCGAUCUCCUGCACCGUGGAAGGGGCGCCCGCCAGCUUCGGCAAGAGCUUCGCGCAGAAGUCUGGCUACUUUCUGUGCCUCAGUUCUUUGGGCAGCCUGGAGAAUCCGCAGGAGAAUGUGGUGGCCGAUAUCCAGGUCCUGGUGGACAAGAGCCCCCUCCCACCGGGCUUUUCCCCGGUCUGCGACCCCCUGGACUCCAAGGCCUCUGUGUCCAAGAAGAAACGCAUGUGUGUGAAGCUGGUGCCACUGGGGGCUGCAGACAUGGCUGUGUUCGAUGUGCGGCUGAGUGGGAAGACCAAGACGGUGCCUGGAUACCUGCGAGUAGGAGACAUGGGGGGCUUUGCCAUUUGGUGCAAGAAGGCCAAGGCCCCAAAGCCGGUGCCCAAGCCCCGGGCUCUCAGUCGGGACAUGCGGGGCCUCUCCCUGGACCCACCUGCUCAACCCAGCAAGGAUGACUUUCCAGAGCGGACCCUGUCCAGGUUAGGCUCUCGGGCAUCUACUCUGAGGAGGAGUGACUCCAUCUAUGAGGCCUCCAACCUCUAUGGCAUCUCAGCCAUGGAUGGUGUUCCCUUCACACUGCACCCCCGGUUCGAGGGCAAGAGCUGUGGCCCCCUGGCCUUCUCUGCUUUUGCCGAUCUGACCAUCAAGUCACUGGCGGAUAUUGAGGAGGAGUAUAACUAUGGCUUCGUGGUGGAGAAGACUGCAGCUGCACGCCUGCCCCCCAGUGUCUCGUAGCUCUUCGUCAGCCCCAGGGAAAGCCCGCUGCCCAGCACCCCUGACACACCCCAAGACUGGCAGCCACCCCGCCCUGCAGCAUCUUGGGAACCUUGGUGGUGCAGGGCUUUCUAGACUAAGCCACCCAGUGGAACCACAGCCCUGGAGAAGGAGCAAGACCUGUCUGCUUGGUGAUGGGGUCUCUGGCCUGCCCCGCCCCCGGGCCCUACAAGGCAGAGGUGGGGGCUGGAUGGAAAUCAGUGCCUUCAAGUCAUUUGUGUCAAAACGUUCCGGUGCCCGGAGGCCACUCGGGCAUCCUCCCGGCAAUAAACAUUGCCCUGUGCCCAC